AUGUCUUUGACAGAAUCAACGCAGCCAACUGCAGAGUCACCGUCGAAUGCCUUGACGACGCCUUUUCAACAACCGAGAGGCUGCGGGAACGAGUUUCUAGUGACCACGAACUUCACCAGCAUCUACAGGACCAACAGCACAACGACAAGCUCAGUUUAUACUGUCAUCGCCUCUGGUCCUGGAGCCUCAGGGUUCGCGGCCUGCCAACCGUCACAAUGGGAUGAGACAAACACACGGUUUUCGUUUAGCCCCGGUGUUUGCCCCAGCGCGUGGACUGUCUGGCAGAUCUCGCAGUAUGCCAAUGGAACCUGGACAGCCCAGUGUUGCUCGAGAAACUUCCAUCCUCUCUCCAACACCUGGAACAUCGAGGGAAUUCCCAACGACGCCUGUGCGAGCAUCGUGACGAAUAACAUAACCACAUCUUACACCACGUCUACCAACACCGUCACGGUCGGAACGGUGAUUCACACAAACACCUACACAUUCAGCCCCAGCUCUGGAACCACUACCACGUGGAUUCACAAUGCCUGGCAUAUUUCAUGGGACCCGAUAGACGUUGUGAGCCUCAUUCCCUCUCCACCGACGCCUAGAUGUUCAACAUCGGGCAUCCGGCGCUGGGUACCUGGGGAGAGCCUCGGAAACAACAGCUCGGUACUCGGCUCUGAGUGCCAGAAGCAGGAGUCGGGCAACGCCGCGGGCUGGGCACUCUACAUUUUCCUGGUAGCUGGCUUGCCCACCAUCUUCGGCUUGGCCCUCAUUGGCUGCUGUGUCUGCGCUAUUCGAAGCAACAGCACAAAGAGAAGACGCCAAAGGGAGAGAGUGGCCGAGGCUAAUCUGGCAUCAAGCCAAGCAAGGGAAGCCAGCCAGAAUCAAGGGAAGACCCAGCCGGCGGUUCAAGAGACUAUUCCACUCGAAACCGUGGGGCAGAAAUGA